AAAACCUCGACUGUCACUAACGUACGUCUGCGUCUCCUGGUUCCAGCUCUGGGCGACUUUGACGAACCUCAGCGCUCCAGUAUCACCAUGUUCGGAGUGUUGACCAUCGCCGUGAGGAUCUACCAGGAUCGCUGGGGCUACGGGAUCUACUCCGGGCCCAUCGGAUCAGCCGUCUUCAUCAUCACCGUCAAAUGGCUGCAGAAGAUGAAGCAGCUGAGGGCCGUGUACCCGGAGAAGAAGGUGUACACGCAGCAGGUCGGGCCAGGCUGCUGCUUCGGCGCCCUCGCUCUGAUGCUACGUUUCUACUUCGAGGAGUGGGACUACGCCUACGUCCACAGCUUCUACCAUCUGUCUCUGGCCGUGUCCUUUGUCCUGCUGCUGCCGAAGAAGAACCGCUAUGCAGGGACGGGACGAAACGCUGCCAAACUGAGCUGCUUCACUCUGUGCUGCUGCUCCAUGUCCCCGGGCACAGUCAAAGACAAGACGGACAAACCGAAGAAGAAGAAGUCUCGCUCCGUGUGGACGGUCCCCACGGAGAAGCUGUGGACACGAGGCUGCAGCACCCCCACCCUGCCUCUCUUCAGCCCCCCGCCCUCCACACCUGUCAAAGGCACCAGCAUCAGCAAACUCAAAGAGAUGAACGGCUGGAAGUGAAGCGAAGACUUCGAGCGCAGGAGGACUUCAUCCCGAGGAGCGGGCGUGGACGACGCUGGGAAAAUCACCAAAUAACUGUCGGCCAAACGCUGAUAAACUUGUACGUGGCUGGUAAAUUAAUCUACUUCAGCAGGAAACCAACCAUCAUGUGGACGUUCCUCUCGACUCCAAAAAAUCCUUUUGGCCAGUAGAAUAUUUAAGGUCAUCAGCGACUUCAGGAAUCCAGCCGCCACCGUAGCCAGUCGGUGAGGAAACGUCACAUCAGUGCCCUGAUGUGGUCGUUAAAUUUUAAGGGCACGAGCUAAAAGGCGAGUCGGGGCCUGGAGGCCCUGGAGACCCGAUAAGAAGACAGCUGUGAGGAGGCAGCGCGCUACGAUCGAACGCACACACAGCACGGACAGCGAGACGGUGGCUGAGACGAGCCAGUAAAACUGACUGGAAGAUUUACGAGGAGAACAAACAGGCAGAUGGUUUAUCUCUCCAAGAUAUAUAAAUUAUCUUUAGAAAUGUUCCUCAGGGGACGGCCUUCGUCUGCUCGCCUCCGUCUGUCCACCCCUCCUCUCCGUCAGGAAAAGGAACCACGCGGUUCGGCUCGUUUGUGAGAGUUACAAGACUGUAAAGCACAUUUUACCGUUUUUAUACGUCCUCGCGGUGCUAAAUGUGUCAUGAGGAGCAUCAGACGCUGGAGUGAGAGGAAGCAGCGGCCCAGACGCCGGUCUGCGACCAAACUGAAGCAUCUUGACGUGUUUCUGGAUCGACAGGUGGACUCGUCUGUCUGAGGCUCUAAUGUUCAGACUGUGAAACGUCUCUGCUGUAAACCUUCAUCACCGCGUUAUUUACUGCAGGAUGUUGUAUAUUCAGUAUAAUGUGUGUUGUUUUUUAGCAAAUAAAAUUAAAUGUUGUGUUUCUGUUUUAA